AUGAGCUCUUUUUUCAAGAGACCCUCAUGGGCAGUCAAAGAUACUUCGAAAACUGGCACUGAAUUUUAUCGGCGCUCAGAACAAACAUACUCUGAUAUCGUUGCUGCAACCCGAGAAGCGCACCAGAAGCCAAAAGCACCGACAACCCCAGAAGAUGCAGAAGACACAGAAGAAACAGAAGACACAGAAGAUACAGAAGAUGCAGAAGAUAAAGAAGAUACAGAACCAAAGAAGCGACCUCGCCUUUCCGAGGAGAAUGAGCAUCAUCACAAGGAUACUAGCCCUGUGCGGGAUACAAUCAAUGGGAAUGAGAGGGAAAAACUUGCGCCAGCAGUGCCGCCAAAGCUCCCGAGUCCAUCGUACGAUGUCUCACACGGGCCAGUCAGUCAACAUAAGACCAUCCAACGACGUGCAUCAGAAAGUCGCCCAUCUGUGAUACCACAAGAAAUCAAGUCUCCGGAAGUACUACGUCCUCCGCCUGUUCGACUAUCGGCCCUUCAGGCAGAUAAACCGGCAACUCGAAGCCCUCGACCUGUUCAAUCACCGACAAUUCCAGUGAAUGAUCCGGUCGUCCAAAUCAUAAUCUCAUCUGAAAUUCCGAACACCAAACCUUUACUCGUCCAUCGAAAAAUGUCACAAAGUCUAAGGGAAGUGCGGUUGGCAUGGUGCAAACGCCAAGAUUUUGAGUCAGAGUUACAUCCAUCGGUCCAUCUGACCUGGAAGGGCAGACGUCUAUUCGACGUGACAACCUGCAGAAGUCUAGGUAUAAAGGCCAGGGAAAAUUCGUCGUCGAUCCUUGACAUCGACGAUGAUUCGGCAGAGCAGAAAGAGCUGCGCAUACAUAUGGAAGCAGUUUCCGAUGCGCCUGCUCUUCUCAAUCGCCAAGCUGCUUCGCCUAAUAAUGAACAGCAUCCUGCAGAAUCACAACCACCACCAGAAGAUGAUCAGGGUGAGCCAAUGAAGCUUGUUCUCCGGAGCCCUGGACUGGAUGACUUCAAGAUAAAGGCAAGGCAGAAGACUCAGAUUUCGCGACUCAUCUCUGCGUUUCGAAACAAACAGAAUAUUCCUGCGGACCGUGAGAUCAUCCUCGAGUUUGAUGGAGACAAACUUGACCCCGAUGAAAGUCUUGGCCACUAUGAUAUUGACGAUUUAGACCUGGUGGAUGUCCAGAUCAAAUAA